GUCGUGGUCCAACAACCCAGAAGCACGGAGAAAGGGAAGUGCACAGAAGAGACUAUUCUAGUACACUGUACCUACCAGAAGCCCUGCCUACGUGCCGAGCUUAUUUCUUAGUGUGCAGAAAUCCACCUACUGCAAACAGUUGGUACUCGCACGAAGAACAGUUAUGUAGGCGACUGUCUUCAACCACUGGAGCGUUGUCACGAUGACAACACCUGCUUCUGGCAAAGGCAUUCCUGACCUGGCCUCAACCUCAACUAGAAAAGUCUUGCAAGAACAAGAUGUAAUAGGCGCAAUGAACGUUGACAUCAAGGUAGAGCGGAGCAGCCCUCCAACUUUACCACCUCCAUGGUUGAUAUGUGUAGGCAUCAAGGAAGAGCCAGUUAUCCCUCCAACCACGGAAUCUCUGGACGUCAAUGUUGACAUUAAAGUCGAACAGAGUAGCCCUCCAACUACGCCACUUCCCGACAUGAGUGUCGACGUCAAGGUAGAGCCGAGGAGCCCUACAGCUACACCACCUCCAGGUCCAAUAGACAUGGAUAGACAAGGACCAGCUGAACCUCAAGACCUAGUGCCAGCGGUUGUCCCUCCAACAACGUCAACAUACAGCACUGAAACUACUGGAGAUGCAGCUGUUAUUGAUAGUGACAAAAGACCAUUGGGAGGUGCUGAAGAAUCAUCACAGAAAAUGUCCAAAAGGAGUGUCUGCAACAAGUACAAAAGUAACAUGCCUGGGCAUUGCACCUCGAGCAAAGAAUGUACGACAAAGCAUCAGACUGUUCACAUGGAGGAGAAUUGCUAUGCCUGUGCAGUCUGCGGAAAGGACUUUGCUCAUAAAAUGGGCCUUAUCCAACAUCAGCGUCUCCACGCAGGCGAGAAGCCCUUCGCUUGCACUGUCUGUGGCCAGAAGUUUACACAGAAAGCUCGUCUCACUAGGCAUGGAGCAGUGCACAUGGAUGAAAAGCCAUACCUCUGCACAGACUGUGGUCACAGGUUCGCUCACAAAAGCAGUCUAAUAAAACAUCAAGUCACCCACAAGGAAAAAAAUCCCUACCCUUGUCUCGUCUGCAGCAAGCAGUUCACCCAGCUGUCAAGUCUCACUAGGCACAUGGUUGUUCACACUGAUAAGGAAUUGCACUGCUGCUCGGAAUGUGGUCGCAGGUUUGCUUACAAGAGUGAUCUCCUUGCACACGAAAUAAUCCACAAGGAAAAGAAGCCCUAUGUGUGCCUCAUCUGUGGCCGGCAGUUUGCACGGCGAUUCACUUUCAGUCUGCACAAGGCUGUCCAUGCAGAUCAGAAACCACACUCUUGCUCAGUCUGUGGUCACGGGUUUGUUUACAAAAGUAGCCUUGCAAAGCACAUGUUCGUUCACAAGGAAGAGAAACCAUACGCUUGUCUCGUCUGCAACCGACAGUUCACCGAGAAGUCAAGUCUCACUAGGCACAUGGUUGUUCACAAGAAAAAGAAACCAUCAUACACUUGUCUCACCUGCAACAAGCAGUUCAACCAACAGUCAAGACUCACUAGGCACAUGGUUCUUCACACGGAUAAGGAAUUGUACUGCUGCUCAGAUUGUGGUCGCAGGUUUGCUUACAAGAGUGAACUCCUAGCACAUGAAAUAAUCCACAAGGAGAAGCCCUACACUUGCUCCAUCUGUGGCCGGCAGUUUGCUCGGCUAGUAAAUUUCAAUUUGCACAAGGCUAUCCAUGCAGAUAAAGAACCGUACUCCUGCUCAGUCUGUGGUCGCAGGUUUACAUACAGGAGUAGUCUAAGGAUGCACGAGUUCAUUCACAAGGAAGAGAAACCAUACGCUUGCCUUGUUUGCGGUUUGAAGUUUGUCCACAAUGCAAGUUUCAUUCGGCACAAGAGUAAGCAUACGGGUUUGGUGGAAUAUGCAUGUAGUGUGUGCCCAUCCAAAUUCUUCGCGAAGGCAUCACUGGACAGACACAAGAAGCUGCAUGCAGCUGGAGUGCAGUUGUUCCACUGCACAGAGUGUAGCUGGGCUUUUCUUGAAAAAACAGCACUGGAGAAGCACUUGAAGGGGCAUAAGACGGACAAGCCAUACCUGUGCCACCUUUGUCCAUCAAGAUUCACUAAGAGAUGUAAUCUCAAAGCUCAUGUGAAAAGACACACUGGUAAAAAGCUGUACGAGUGUCCCAUUUGCCAGAGACAACAUUCUAGGCCUUCAUACCUCAAGGAGCACAUGCGCCGAAUGCACCCUGGAGAAAACGUAUUGGUGAGCCCUCAGACCAGCCAGCCUCCAGAACAUGCUGAUACAGCUGAAGAAGGAGCGGCUGAGGCAGCACCUAGCAGUAGCAGCAGUGAAACUUAAAGCGACACCACGGAUUUGGGGAACAUGCCUACAUGAAUGAAGGACCCUGUGAAGGAGCACUUCACAAGAGCCCCUGUGUCAUGUCAUGGACAGACAGCACUGAAACUUGCGUUACCAUGCUUUUGAGACAUUGCAUUGCCAUUACCAGUCCAAAACCACGGACCUGUACUUUAUGGAUUUUUUUUAUGUUAUGCUUAAAUAUUUGUCUUAUGAACAUGACGCUACAGUAUUAUAACUACCCCUCUAUGUAAUGUCCAUGUGGCCCUUAGAGUUCCUGAAAUAAAUAAAUUUCAACCAUAUGGUGUCUUUAACAUCACCAGUACAUGGCACUAAAAGAUUUUGCCUCUACCGAAAUGUGACACCGCGACUAGAAUUUAACCUGCUCCAAAUAGGUCAACACACGAACACCACUGAUCCAUUGUGGCGGAUGAGAGAACGCUUACUAACUGACUGAGAAUUGAUUGCACUUUUCAGGCUAUGUGCUCUGCUGUAAUGUUCACUCGCAAUUUCCCAGAUGCCCCGACCACAAAUAAACAUCGUUUUCUGACCACGUUGAAAUAGUGUUGCGGCCCUCUUUAAAGGAGCCCUCUAACACUUGUGAUGACCUCAUUGCUUUACAUGUUCUUUUAGCUGGUUGUAUAUACUGAAUGCUUAAGAGAUAAGUGCCGCAAGAACGACAGCAAUAGGGGCACGCAGUUCAAAGUUAUUCAGCGUAGAGAUAUCAAUAUACAAUGAAAUGGAUGCUAACCCUCAAUUAGAUUUUUGCAGGCUCAUCUGACUGUGUUUUCCUCACCCUGUGAAGUCGAAAGGCUGCCAAUAAAAUGAAUUGAAAGCCCCA